AUGAAAGUCAACGCCAACACGGUUCUAGUCGGCAGCAAAGUAGUGCUCUUGCCUUACCUAACUGAGCAUGUACCAAAAUACCACACCUGGAUGCAAGAUGAAGAGCUUCGGGAGCUUACUGCAAGCGAGCCGCUUUCUUUAGAAGAGGAGUACGAGAUGCAGCGGAAGUGGCGAGAAGAAGAAGACAAAUUGACGUUCAUCGUCCUCGCAAAGACGCACGACGCCGCUGGAUCCAGCACUCUGAGCUUAGGAGAUCCAAUAAUCUCACAGCUGCCUAUGAUCGGAGACGUCAACAUCUUUCUUCACGGCUCACCCUCGCUGACGAACGAGGAAGCGGGUGAAGAUUUCUACGCCGAGGCUGAAGUCAUGAUCGCAGAACGCGAUUACCGGCGCAGAGGCUACGCACUGGAAGCGCUCCAGCUGCUGCUGGGUUACGCGACUGCAUCGCGCGGCGGUUCAGGCUCGUUCAUAUGCCACGACCCCGCUUCAACCCGAUCGGACCUCGAAGCGAGCUCCAGCCCGCUGCCCAUCUCGCCCGCAUCCCUCCUGGUUCGGAUAUCGGAAUCCAACACGCCGAGCAUUCGGCUGUUUGAAAAAUUGGGGUUUCGUGUCACGAAGCGGGUGGCGGUUUUUGAAGAGGUGGAGAUGCGCUGGAGACAGGAUGAGAGUUGAGUCGAUGUAAAGUGAAUCAGGAUCCAAAAAUACCUCUUGCCGGUGUAUUAUCGCGGAGCGAGUAAAAGCGCAGAUCUAAUCUGAGCCCGCGAUUUGAUGAAAAGCGAGAUAAUUGCCUUAAAAUAUCCAUAUUAGACGUGCACCCCGGAAUGGAUCGA